AUGAGCCUGAUGAACCAGCAGUCGGUUUCAAGCCAGGAGUUUCGCGACGUCGUGCUGGGGGCAGCCACGAAGAUUAUGAAUGAUUUCCAUGGGCCCAUGCAAUACUUGAUGCACCGCUACAGUGAUCCUGAGAGCUUAAACGCGUACAGUAAGAGGCUCCACCAGUACCUGCCCCCUUUGGACACCUGUGUCUACGAGAUGUCGUUCCCUUUCCCUGUAUCCACGCAACAAUUCUGCGUGCACCCGGGGGCCAUGUCCUUCGACCCCUCGUACUCGCCGCGCGAGCCCACUCGCGCGAGCACAGCCUUGGCCUUGCUCGACCACGUACUAACCGACGGUUUCAUCACAGAGGGCGACCCCAUCAUCCUGUGCUCUGGGACCGAGGACAAGAUCCGCAGCAGGGGCCUCGAGGGUGUGCAGGCACCGUGGGCCGUGGCGGGCAACGAUUUCCCAAUCCCGCCCUUCUCGAUCGCCCAACAUAAAGGCAACGCCCGCAUUGCGACAAUGCACUUCCUCUUGACGUUGCUGAUCGACGACGAGGUCGACCUCCAUGCCAUCUCGCCCAAGAUUUGGAAUUCCUUGCGUGCGAUCAAGGUUCGCAAUGUCGAGUUCGCGUCUUUGAAGGAGCAGACUUUUGACAACUUUAAGUUGAGUGCGCGUGGGGCGGUGAGGCGCCAAGCGAACGUGGUCAGUUGGGUGGUGCUCCUUUCCCGGCAGCGCGACUGUGGGGAUACAGACGCAGGUGCGAUCAUCAGGAGCUGGAAUUCUGGCUGCACUCAGAAGGAGAAGCUGAUGGGUAAUAAGGCCCAGACAGUCAAGAACAUCAUGCACCUUGGCCCCCCGAAGACCCAGGAGCUCUUGAUCCAGCACAUCUCGAAGUACGAUUGGGAUGGGGGUAGUCUGAGUGAAGAGGCGUUGGCGUCCAAAAAGGUAUGGCCGGGCUCGGGGUUCAGGACGACGCAUUCGAAGAAGUGGACGCAGCGUCAGCAUAUCACUACAGAGUCGCGCCACCUGAUGUUCCAGCACUGCUUCCACCAGUUCGAUACCACUAACCCCUUGGCGCGUCGUAAGUUUUCCAAGAUGGACCUGGAGGAGUUCGCAGAGAAAGCAGCUGUGAUCUGCGCGAUCCGCACUGAGGCAGUGAACGCAGGCAUGUCUGCUGAGCAGGUAGACGCUGCAUUUGUGGAUAAAUGGCGCCUUGGGGACCCUCGCGUGGAGAUGGACUUGGCCUCUGCCCUGGCUGAGAAGCGCGAUGAGUUCACCAUUCGCGAUAUCACGUGUCUGAAGGAGAUCUUGGACAUCGCGUUGAGUGGCUCUGGGGUGGCAGACAUGGACAUCAGCCUGGAGGAUUCCAGUUAG